AUGUCCAAACUGAUGCGGUCCGCCUCCACCGCGUCCACAAGUCGCGAAAGCUCGUCCGCUUCUUUAAGUUCCACUGUGCGCCCUCCAACCGUCGCCUCUAGAACUUCAAAAAACCCUGCGCCGUCCCAAAUUGCCGCCCUCACGCACACCCUCUCCCUCCCCGUUGAGACUCCAAUGCUUUCCAGUGUCGUAGGCGCCCUAGGUGUGCCGCUAAGUCGAAGCCAAUUCUCCCCUACCCCGAGCUGUUUCUGCAACGCUCACUUCUGGUUCGAGCAGAAAUACAUCGACGAGCUGACCGAAGUCAUCACGCACGAGAUCGGCCCUCAACUCGACAAGCUAAGGAUAGCUCCCCGGGAACUCAUCUCAAGAAAGACCGAACGCCUCCUCUCAACCCUCCAGCCCUACCAAGACAUCCUCACCAGCACCACCGACACCAGCAGCAUCCUCAGCAUGGAACCCACCUGCCCGGCCUGCACGCUGAGCCACUUCUUCCAAAACCCCGCCGCGGUCAACGCACUGACUCUGGCCGUCAAGGGCCGAAAACACCGCGCCCAUCCGUGGCCCGCCAGCAUGGCCUGGCUCGAUCCCUGCCCCGGUAGGGAAUGGGAAGCCAAAUGGAGGUCGGAGGGCAAAUCCGUCGCGCACGACCGCGUCCGCGUGCAGCGCUGGCGGAGGGAAACUCGCGCGCACGAACGAGUGCCCGACGCGCCCCCGCAGGUGCUGGGCCACCAGCCGGGCGAGGGGUGCGAUUUCUGCGACGCCCUGCGCAUGGAGCGGGCGGAUGAGGCGGAGUUGGACGCCGCGAUCGCGGAGGAGGAAGAGGAAGGCGACGACAAGGAAACGCGCGCUGUGGGAGAACCGGCAAGGUAUAGCGGAGCUGCAGACGAGAUCCAUGAUGAUGAUGAUGAUGAUGACGAUGCUUCCGGUUCCGAAACCCUCCGAUCCGACUCCUCGACCACCCUCCGCGCGAUGGAAGAAGAGAGUAUCAUCAAAGGCUACCUGAGACCACCGACGACAACGACGGACUCCGCAUGCCACCCCCGUCCCGACGCCGACGACCUCUCCGGGAACAAAGCGGAGCAGGAAGCGAGGAGGAAAUCGUCCGUGAUGGGGGGCUACCUGGCCCACAGGGGCGGGAGAGGGGAGGGAGAGCGGGCGAAGAGGGCGAGCGAUUGGGCGAGGAGUUAUCAGUGUUUGGUGGGGCGGAGCCCGGAUUCGCAGACGACGUUGCUGUUUGAGCGGUAUUCGGAGCCUGGGUUGAGGGCCGUUGAGGGGUGGAUCUAG